GGGCUUGGUGGUUUUGUUUGUGUGGAUUUGGGUUUCUUCCCUUCUGUGGUGUGUGUGGGAGGAAUACAGGUUUAAAACGGAGGAGAAUGAAGCGUUUCCAGCCCUCUCCUCUGUAGCCCUGCCUUUGUACGGCAUGGUUGGGACAGCAGUUGCUGUUUGAUGCAGCGACUUAACAGAAACAGCCUUUGAAAGUACUCGCCACUUCCUCUCCUCAUCAGCAGUUGCCCUUGCUGAACUGUAGUAGUUUUUACAUUAUUCUGUUCCCUGGUACAAAGUCACAUGUGUUACACUUAAGAUGUGGCGUGUUACAGAGCCAAGUUCUUUUGAGGUCACUUAAACCCUGUCUUAACAGUCGCAGCCUGGGCUGGUAGCAGAGGCACAGCUGCCUGAGUGAGAGCCUAGCGGGCCGUGAAGCGCGGUCGGCAGCGGAGGCUCUGUAGCCGGAGGGUGGCUGCCACGCUCUUGCUGGGCUUUGGUUUGCUCGUUGCCACCUUCUGCUGUUGGCAGUUGUUGGUGCAGUGGUACUGCAGAGCGUGCUGAAGCCUAGCAGUGAUCUAAGGGCGUGUGAAUCCUAGUGCAGAGCAGGGAGCAGAGAGAACUUUUUUUUUUUUUUUUUUUUUUUUAACCCCGCUCUAACCUCAGGUUUUGCCUGCUUGCCCAAGCAAUAAAAUACACAUUGGGUAACUUGUGGGGUUUUUUUCUUAUGAAUGACACCAGAAUCUCCGUUUUGGUUAUAAAAUGACUGAGUGCCAGGUUACAGGAAAAAGGACAGGGAAAAAAAAAAUACUUCUGAAUUUCACAGAAGAAGCAAUACCCGAUUUAAAUCCUGCAGUGAAAGCAACGUGCAGCUGAGAGGCCUGGCACCACCAUAAUUAAACUCCCCUCUGUCUAUGAGAGGAGAAGAAUCACCGAGAAAGCCAGAGCAGACAGCCCACUUGAGGACUGUGGAAUUUCUGGUCUCUGUUUGCACGGUGGAGAGCAGCAAGGUAGCAGUUUUGCCAGCAUGGGAAGGAAAGGCAAGGUACUUCUGGUUACUCUCUCCCUUCCCGUGGAGCAUGCAGACUGCUCGGAGGGACCAAUUCCCAAAGAAGACAGAACCUGGGAGGAGCCCUGGUGCUCUGCCGUGGAGAAGGAGAGUUGAAGCCGCUGUGCCGAUGGCGUGGUGCCUGUUGGUGCUUCUCUAGUACAGCCUUGCCGGCAGUUUGUCUGGAAGGGAAUGGCAGUGGAUCUCGCUUUUCCUCCCUUUGAGGGGGAAGUGAGCGCAGCUACGGGCCCACUUCAGAGCACCUCGGACUGAUGCCCUGGUACCUGGUUCCACAAAGGCAGGCCUGGCGCUGCAGGCGGCUUUGGGUGGGAGCGUUGUGCCUCCUCUUGCAGUGGAGGGAGGGCAAUGUGGGAGAGCUCUGCAGUGUGUCUUGCAGGGCAGUUUGCUCUGGUGAAGAGCUUAGUGGUGACCUCUGAAUUGCGAGAACUCUUUGGAGAGGCCAGUGCACUCACCUGCAGCUUUUGCAAGAGGGACAAUGCUCUGAGCUCUGCCACGCUGCUUUCCAUCUAAAUAUACCGAGCGCAGGCAUCUGGAUGACAAGACUUCACCAGACUUGACGUCGCUCAGCUGUGUGGCUUUAGCUCUUACCUGCUCGAGGUGAAAUAACACUCAAGAACCUCCUGAGGUGAGGAUGGCUUAAGACUCUUAUCCCAUGUCGGACAUCCUACGCUCCAGCAGAAAUCAUGGCAGAUGUUUCCUGGACUGGAGAAGUCUCCAAUGAGACAGCUGCCAAUGCCAGUUCAGAAUUCAGUGUGGAAGCAGACUUCCAGUAUUGCUUGUUUACUGUCAUCUACAGCAUCGUCUUUGUGCUGGGACUGAUAGAAAAUGUCUUGGCUCUGUAUCUCCUGUCCUGCAAGGUAAAGCACAUUUCUCAUUCCUAUAUAUACAUGAUCAAUCUGGCUCUGGCAGACACCUUGUUUGUUUGUGUGCUGCCUUUUAAAAUUCAUUACCACCUGAACUGGAACAACUGGAUCUUUGGUGACAUGGCCUGCAGGAUAACUGGGACUCUGUACUACAUCAACAUCUACCUGAGCAUUGCCUUCUUCACCUGCAUCUGCGUUGAUCGUUACAUUGCGGUGCUGCACCCCUUCACGUACAUCCAGAUCAAAGUCAUCCAUUACGUGACGGUGGUCACGAUCCUUUGGGUGGUCGCUCUGAGUGUCACGGUUCCACUUAUCCUUGGAGGUCCCCUCCACAACAGAGGGGUGAGGAACACGACGGCAUGUUUUGAGAACUUUGCUACGCAUAGCUGGACUUACCGCAUGGCGCCUUACAACAUCCUGGCCUUAGUUUUUGGUUUUGUGAUCCCAUUUUCCAUCAUUCUGAUCAGCUACCCUCUCAUCGCUAAGAGGAUCUCCCAGAUCAAACACGCCGCUCGCAAGAGGAAGGCCGUGAGCACUAUCUACAUCAUCUUGGUCAUUUGUACUUUGUGCUUUCUCCCCUAUCACCUCACUCACUUGUUCCACUUCUUAAUGAGAAUCCAGGUCAUCCAGAAUGAGUCAUUCACCACCUUGAUCUACAAGAUGCGAAGGGUCACCUUAGCCCUGGUGAGUUUCAACUGUUGCCUUAACCCCCUCUUGUACUACUACACCUCUUCCAGCAAGAAGUGGCGCUGCAACCUCAAGCUCAGAUUCAGGUCCAAAAAGGUGUACACGAUCUGCGACCAGAGACUCGGGGAGUCCUGCGUUUAUAAACUCCAGCAGACACAUGGAAAUAAAAACCCCAGAGAUGAAAUCAACUGAUGUACUUCGGAGUACGGUAUUUAUCUUUCAGUUUCUUUGAAAACAAAGCUGUAAAACCUACCCUUUUUUUGGUACAGUGGCUCUUCCAUCAAGGCAGCACUGGAGGGAAGGGCCUGACAGCGGUUUUGUUAGUCAGCUGGGACAGUGCUUGGGGGAGCUGCGUUCCCUGACAGCACAUGGUGGAACACUGUGCCUUGAUGUUUUUUGGUCUCCUUUUGUUGACCUUCGGGGCUGGUAGGACACAGGGCUCUUCUGGAAAGCCGUACAGCCCGGGAAAGGGUUUAUUGAAAGAAACCAGCCUCCUAAUUGACACUCUAAAAGCUGAGUGGCUCAGGGCAGUCCUGCUUGGCUUGCCCUAUUUUGGAGGGAUCCCGUUCUCCCCAGGGGCAGGCUGUAGCCAGCCGGGCUCAGAGCCUUCCUGCCUACAUUCCACGGCCAAAUAAGGGCUUCUCCUCCCUGCUCCUGAAUCGAUUGAUCGGCUUCCCAAGGAGGACUUCAGCCCAGGGUUUCUAGCCUGCAUGCCUGUGGAUUCAAGCUGGACAGCUGUUAAUGAAAGUUUAGACAAUAACAGGGCCAGCUAUUUCUCAGUCAGUUUAACCCUGUGUGCAACCAGUGGUAAACAAGCUCCUCUCGCCCCACAGCCGCGGAGGGGCAGUGACCAGGAGCUGGCACACCUCCUCAGGCCCUGCAGUCCUGCCCGUCCGUCACGGCUCCCCGUUCACCGUUUGUGACACUGUGUUUGUAUCUGGCCUGUCUCCCCCCUCCUCUUGUAUUAACACAGCCGCCGAGACCUGCCGCGUUUUCCAGGCUGUGACAUGGAGACUUUGGAGAGAAUUUAUCAUUUGUGGGUUAUCAAGAGUCACCAGAAAACCACUGGCCUGGCUGACAAACCUGCUUCAUAGCCAACGGGUUAAACAAGAGGAUGCGAUUUCUUUGGCAACAGCAAAACAGACUCACUCUGCUGUUCCUUCCCACGCCACCCCCAGACUUACAAUGUGUGUAUGUGCUACUGCCCCGGAGGUGCGCAAGGCUCGGAGCAGAGGGGGUCCCGGGGCUUGUUUAGCCGGGAGCAAGGGCUGCCCACCCGCGGCAGGAGCUGCACCCGCAUUGCUGUUUCCACUGCCACAACGCAGGCUGAAAGCCACGCUUGGCCCGGCUACCUGGCGCUGUUCCUGGGCUCGGAACAAGAACCACUGCGGACCCUAAAUGAGGGAGGGAGCAGGAUGGUUGGGGCAGAACAACGAUCGCGUGUCUCUGUACAGUGCAGUUAUACCUCUUUGCACAGCCACGGAUGCUGCAGCUUCUGCCCGUAUUCAGCCGGUUUUCUGAUGGCACAGUCAACGCUGGUUAAGGACGGGAGGGGAGAGGUUUGGAAAACAAGCAGCAGUGGUGCUGGGGUACACUGGGGGUCUUGGUUUGUGGGGAAAGCCCACGCGUUAUGCUGGCAAGCAGGGGCCGAGUGUGGGAGUCUGUAUCGAUCAGUCAGAGCCAAUUAAUAAACCACUUUAGCAAUGUGAGCUGGAUGCAGCAAGCAGACCGAGAGCAGAGCUGAAAUGACAACAAGCAGCGCUAAGCAGCUUUUGUGGGUGCAGCAUUGCCUGUUAGGCUGGGCCCGACUCACGUCAGUUAUCGCUACGUGGGGGUUGGACACCCGUUAGUAACGAUGGGUCUGCUGCUGACCUCUCCCUUCCUGCAUUUUGUUUUAGCUUGGAGGAAUUUUUAACGAUUGGUGAGAAAACCUCCUCAGACUUUUCUAAGACACUGAAAAUAAUGAUUCCUGCCUUCCUUUGCCUGACUGGGCCGGGUAAGGCAAGUGCAAAUCCUUGCACUUGUAAAAUGGAGAUGAGGACGGCCUCCGAGGGAGUACUGGGACAAAUUAAUCUUUUACCUUCCAUGAGAGACUGCUGGUGUUGUCCCAUUUAUAGGCUAUGGAAAAACCUCCCAGCCCUGGAGGGGCUGGUCUUUCCAACUAAGCACAAUUUUUAUGUCCUAGACAAAAGAGGGAAUUUUUUUAUUAGAGACUCCAGCCAGGAGUGCAGUUUUCCCGCAGGCUUGUCAGCUGUCACGGAGGGAAGUAUGGAUAAUUAGAGAAGUGACACUGCUGAGUAAAUAGCGUGUUUAGGGCUUUAUACUGUCAUCCAUUAUACUCUGCAUUUUAAUUGUGAAGCUUUGAAAGUUCCUUGUUUCGGUAGCACUGCUGAGGUUUCAAGGGAAGCGAGCUGGGGGAGGGG